CGCAGUCGCUCUUUUCUCUCCCCUGUAAAGAUGUCUGAGCUGGCGGGGAGGGAGCGGAGCGGAGGACCCCGAAUAGAGAGGCAGAGCCCGCGACUCGAAGCCGUUCAAAGAGUCCAGGAUCAGUUUGACGGUGUUGUCUUUGUUGUGGCAUCAGGUCGAUCAAUGUGCUUGUGACGAGCAGCCGAGAUGUCCAAUGAGAGCCAGGCAUCGCUGAAAGGGGAGGCGGCCAUGGUGCAUUCACCCAGCGCCUCUGCUGCUUCACAUGGCCCGCCUCUCUCGCCUUCCACCGCCAAACCGCCUGAACUGCCAGAUGAGCUGAUCCAGGCGGGUUGGUCCAAGUGUUGGUCUCGGCGGGAGAACCGUCCUUACUACUUCAACAGGUUCACGAACCAGAGCCUGUGGGAGGUGCCAGUGUUGGGCCAGCAUGACGUCAUUUCGGAUCCUUUAGGCCUGAAUGCCGCUCCAGCAGAGGGUGCCGACGGUAACCUUGGCAACGGCCAGAGGAAGAGGCGGAGCUCUGAGGAGCAGGUGGCCGGCCCCAACAGCCUGAAACGGGCAAAGGUAAGCGUGGUCCUUUUGUCCCCGCCACGCAUCAGCACAACGGGUGUCCUCUUAUGGCACGCGUGUCUCAUUCAGGCUGAGCCCACCACGCCCAUUUCACCCAGCACACCCGGCGCCAAACCCUGGAGCGCUCCCCCUGAUGACAAACAAGGUGCAGGGGUCGUGGCGCCGACCACUCCUACCACACCGAGCCCCGCCCCCGCGCCCUACAGGCCGGCCAUCGUCUACUGGGAUCUGGACAUCCAGACCAAUGCCGUCAUCAGAGAACACCCGCCCGCCAAGCACCUCCCCCCGCACCCCGAGAUUGAGUUGCAGAGAGCUCAGCUGGUCACCAAACUCAGGCAACACUACCAUGAGCUCUGUCAUCAGAGAGAAGGCAUCGACCCUCCUCGGGAGUCGUUCAACCGCUGGCUGCUGGAGAGGAAGGUCCUGGACAAAGGUUUGGACCCCAUGUUGCCCAGCGACUGUGAACCUGUCAUCUCGCCGUCCAUGUUCAGAGAGGUCAUGAACGACAUCCCCAUCAGGCUGUCUCGCAUCAAAUAUAAGGAGGAGGCCCGUAAGCUUCUCUUCAAGUACGCCGAAGCGGCCAAGAAGAUGAUCGACUCCAGGAACGCCAGCCCGGAGAGCAGGAAGGUGGUUAAAUGGAAUGCCGAAGACACCAUGAGCUGGUUACGUAGGGACCACUCGGCCAGCAAGGAGGACUACAUGGACCGUCUGGAGCACCUCCGCCAGCAGUGCGGUCCUCACGUGACGGCCGUGGCCAAAGACUCAGUGGAAGGAAUCUGCUCCAAGAUCUACCAGCUGUCGUCUGAGUACUGCAGACGCCUUCAACACACGCACCUCAGCCUGCUGCAAGACCCACCCACAGAUGCGUCCUCGUCUUCCUCGUCCCCGUCGCCGUCUUCGUCCCGCCUGGUGUACUGUUACCCGUUGCGUUUGGCGCGGCCGUCGCCCCCGCUCCCACGCGUGGAACUCCACUUCGAGAACGACGUGGCCUGUCUGCGAUUCCGAGGGGAGAUGGUCAAAGUCAACAGGGGACACUUCAGCAAGCUGGAGCUGCUGUACAGAUACAGCUGCAUCGAUGACUCUCGCUUCGAGAAAUUCCUGUCACGGGUUUGGUGCCUGCUCAAGCGAUAUCAGGUGAUGUUCGGCAGCAGUGCCAACGAGGGUACGGGACUGCAGGGGGCGCUGCCGGUGUCUGUGUUUGAGGCUUUGAAUCGGCAAUUUGGUGUUUCCUUCGAGUGUUUUGCAUCGCCGCUCAAUUGCUACUACAAGCAAUUCUGCUCCGCCUUCCCCGACACCGACUGCUACUUUGGCUCCCGAGGGCCCUUCCUGUCCUUCUGUCCUGUCAGCGGCUCGUUUGAAGCCAACCCGCCGUUCUGCGAAGAGCUGAUGGACGCCAUGGUGACGCACUUUGAGGACCUUCUGGAGCAGUCCAGCGAGCCUCUGUCCUUCAUUGUCUUCAUCCCUGAAUGGCGAGACCCUGUAACGCCGGCCCUUGGCCGCAUGGAAGGAAGUCGCUUCCUGCGUCACCAGAUGAGCGUGCCUGCCUACGAACACGAGUACCGAUCCGGAAGUCAGCACAUCUGCAAGAGGGAGGAGAUGUACUACCGGGCUGUCCACGGCACAGCAGUGCUUUUUCUCCAGAAUGCGGCAGGCUUCGCCAAGUGGGCUCCCACGCCGGAGCGGUUGGCUGAACUAACGGCGUCUUACCGGCCCUCGCGCUCCGCCCCUGCCGCCGGUGCUCCCCCGUUGGCCUCCCCGGGCCCCGCCCACCCGCCUCCGGCUGACCGAGACUCCUCUGCCCUCAACAAGAGCGCCGACAGGAUGACCAGUGCGCUCGUCUCGCCCGGAAGCCAUGACAAGAACAACAACGGUGGCGGCAGUCCGCAGGACAAGAUGGCCACUGGGUAAAGGAGCAAGUGGAGCAUGUGCGGUCCCUCGUGCUGAUUCUCAGCAAUAAUGGCUUGUGAUGUCACGCCGGGCCGCUUGGGGAUUGAUCGACAAGGCAGCUAUCGUUUUUUUUUACUUUUCUUUUUUGGACUUGACUCAAUGGGCCAAUUUGAUUUUGAAACUCCCUUUUGCACACCCACAGAUGUAAAGUUGAACACAUCUCCCAAAUUGUCACCAAUAUCAUAAAGAGAGAAUCCGCCACAGCUACGUGCAACGUUGCACUCUUGCAAUUCAAAUACCCUGCUCUCCCAUUGUGCAACUUUGUGGUCGGCGUGAAAGAGGCCACACGGUGACAUGGUUGCUGACGUAGAAUUGUUUGCUUAUUUUGACAUUUUCCAAUGAAUUGACUGCCUGCCUGAGGUUGGCAUGGCAACAGCAAGCCAGGCUCAUUUCAAAAUAAACCAGCGCUGGACAUUAUGUCGCACAAAAUGCCAGCGACGAUACACACUGCGGUGGGUCGAGGAAGCACUUGAUUGGGCGCCUGCUCACCCUGUAAAUGAUGUACAGUCAAGGUGAAACUCAAUGGAUGCUUUUUAGUCAUCAUCGUUUCUGUAUCAUAAUGUUUACAAUAGUUUGUUCCAAACUAAACCAAAGUGUUAUUAAGAAGAAGAAAAAAGUCUAUAUAUUGUAAAUGUACAAAGUGUGUGUGUGUGCACGCGCGCAUGCAUGCGCGCGUGCACAGAAGUCAAUCCAGCAAGUUUUGUUUCUUUUGUUUGUGGUGAAGCCUCACGCAGAAGCUGUGCUUGCAUGAAACGUUUUCUUUUCACUAAGCUGAGCAUCAUGCAAAACUGUCAUUCUGUUGAGUUGCUCUCUGUCGCGUCCCCUUUCUGAUUGUCCUUGCUUUUGGGAGGGUGGGGCACUAACUUCAAUCUUAAAUAUUUACUUUGGAUUAUUAUUAUUUUUAUUAUUUUGCUUUUGAUUUUUUUUUUGCUCAAAUCGGAGUACAGACUUUUUCCACUUGUAAAAAAAAAAAGAGAAAAUUUCUCCAAUGACGUCCAUAUUUUUUACACGUUUUCACAAAAAAAAAACGGAGAAAGUUGCAUGUGACCAUUUGUUGUGAGCUUUUAACCAUUUUGUGAUUGUUUUGUUCUCCUUUUUUUUAAUUUCUAACUGACGCCAGUCAGCGACUUGUUUGUUUUUCUUUUUAUUGGCCCUGCCUGGCUGAGUGCAAAAAGAAAAUGCGACAUUGUAAAUACAAAACUUUGGACUGGAGAAUGUAUAUAAAUGCGCUACAGAUAAAAUGCAGUUUGAUUCUCAGUAAAGUUAUAUUCCAUCCUU